AUGGCGCAGCCCAUUCGAAAUGUGAUAGUAUUUGCGGCUGGCGGAGGCCUGGGUCGGGCCUUUGUAGAAGCACUGCAGCGAGAAGGAUUCAAUGUGUCCGCUGUGACGAGACCAUCGAAUUCUAUUUCGUAUGGGCCAGAUGUGACGAUGCAUCGCAGUGAAUACGAUGAUUUCGACACACUCGUCGCCAUCUUUCGGGGACAGGAUGCAGUCGUCUCGACAACCGGCACUUUUGCCGCCAAGUAUCAGUUGACGGCUAUCAACGCCGCAGCGGCAGCAGGCGUGCGCAGAUUCUUGCCUAGCGAGUAUGGAGGCAAUACGUCUUUGGUUGGAGUAACUAGCUAUCCUCCCUUUGCUGCUGAGAAAAAGGCUAUUGUCGACCAUCUUCGUACGAAGGAGUCACAAGGACUUACCUGGACGGCCCUUUGUGUAGGAAGUUUCUUUUCAUGGGUUCUAGAAGAAGGUAAAGGAACCUUGGGGUGGGACAUUGACAAGGGCGAGGUGACAAUCUACGAUUCAGGUGACCAGGAAUUUGACACAACCACCGUUAACCAAGUAGCAAGAGCAGCUAUUGCAAUUUUGCGAAACCUAGAGGAGACUAAGAACACCUAUGUAUUUGUAAACUCCUUUGUUAUCACACAGAACCAAACCCUAUCUGCGCUGGAGAGAAUUCAGGGAAAGCCGUACAAGGUCAGUCAUGACUCUUGGUCUGCGGCAAGAUCUCGGGGUUUAGAAGCGCUGGAAAGAGGGGACAUUGAAGUUGGGUAUCAUGAUCUUGUAACAGGAACGAUAUACGACCCCGGGCAUUUCGCACACUUCAAGGCUGAUGAAGUUAGCAAAUGGAAGAAAAUUCUUCAACUAAACGAAAAAGAAGAUCUCGAUGGAGUGAUCAUGGAAGUAUUGCGCAAAAAGAAUUAUAUCUAA